AUGGAGGAGGAGCUGGGGUGGGACGCUGCCGGAGAGGACGGCGCCCGCCCCGCCCCACAGAAGUGGACGCCGUGCCAGGAGGUGGUGGACUACUGGAAGAGGGCGUGCCGCACCUGCCUGAGCCUCCGCCAGAGGAGGACGCUCAUGUCCUUCUGCCCGCGCCCCACCUUGCCCGACCAGAGCCACGAGACGCCCGCCCUCAACGCCGACAUUGCCAGCCUGGGCGUUGCGCCGCAGCAGAGGCCGGAGCUGGUCGAAGCCCGGAAGCUGGGCUGGCUCCAGGACGAGGUUCUAGACACGCUGGCCCCGGCCAUGAGCAUCUACGAGAUGGCCGAAGAGGCCCUGGAGAAGCGGGUGCCUGUGGACCCCCUGGAAUUGCGGGAGAGCGCCCAGCGCCUCCUCCGCCUCCUGGGCAGCCUGAGCGCCCGGCUGACCCUCCACCGCCGCGUCAAGGUCCUGCGCGCCAUCAACCCCCGCCUGCAGUCCAUCUGCUCCAAGAUGACCAGCCGCAACUGCAACGGGAUGCUCUUUGGCGAGGACAAGGUCCAGCUCCUGAAGGAGCUGCUGGCCAGGUUCCCCCAGCUCACCCAGAACAACACCACCUACAAGCGGACCCGCACUCAGCGCCGGAGGAGCAAGGUGUGCAGCGGCCAGCCACCCCAAGGCGCAGGUAAGGCCGCCUUUGACCGCACCCUAACGCUGGUGGCCAACGCCAAGCAGGUGCCCACCCUCGCCCGACCUUUUGGGGCCAACGGGGGUCCAAAAGGUUGGGGGGCGCCAGCUUGGGGAUGCCCUGGGCAGCUCCGAAGUUGCGUUGCCUUUUAGCUGUUUAGCACGUGUCCGUCAGCCUCCAAGUCUCCCCGGAUGUGGUUGAGCUACAACUUCCAACACCCUGGAGACCCGGCAGAAGGGAAAUGCUGGGAGCAGAAACACAUUUUAGUAGGGUGGCGCAGGGGUCUAACCCACUGAGCCUCUUGGGCUUGCUGAUCGAAAGGUUGGCGGUUCAAAUCCCCAUGACAGGGUGAGCUCCAGUUGCUCUGCCCCAACUCCUGCCAACAUACCAGUUCGAAAGCAUGCCAGGGCAAGUAGAUAAAGAGGUACUGCUCUGGUGGGAAGGUAAACGGUGUUUCCAUGUGCUCUGGUUUCCGCCAUGCACCAGAAGCAGUUUAGUUCUGCUGGCCACACGACCCGGAAAGCUGUCUGUGGACAAACACCGGCUUCCUCGGCCUGAAAGUGAGAUGAGAUGAAGGGCUGAGUAUAUAUAAGUUUGAAAUCCCAAGAACCGAAGAAGAGCGUGCCAGCUGUGUGGAAGAGCUCUGUGGAUUUCCAGUAGGCCUCCCUCACCCCCAGAGCGCCUGGGGCUCCUUUCUUUAAGACGCCUUGGCUAGCAGUAGCCAAAGGCACUGAGCCCUGUGGCCCAUUCCACGGCGGUGCUACUCCUUGUGUCUUAACUGUAGUCCUUGUUCGUUGCUAAGCCUUCUUCCACAGGUGGCUUAGCUGGCCACUGAGAGGACCAGCUGUUUUUAAUUUUUUCAGAGAGGAAGGGGCAUGUUGCCCCCCGUUGAACAGCCAGGGGAACUUUAUUUUUUUGCCCCACAGCUUUGGGGAGACAAGUAUCUCCUCGGUUAUCAAGAAGCCCAAAACAGGGUCUUUCCUGGAAUCAAAUUCCAAGCCGUAUUAUUAUUAUUAAGGGACGCAGGUGGCGCUGUGGUCUAAACCACUGAGCCUCUUGAGCUUGCUGAUUGGAAGGUUGGCAGUUCGAAUCCCCGCGAUGGGCUGAGCUCCCGUUGCUCUGUCCCAGCUCCUGCCAACCUAGCAGUUCGAAAGCAUACCAGUGCAAGUAGAUAAAUAGGUGCCGCUGCGGCGGAAAGGUAAACAGCAUUUCCGUGCGCUCUGGUUUCCAUCACGGUGUCCUGUUGUGCCAGAAGUGGUUUAGUCCUGCUGGCCACGUCCUGGAAAAAGCUGUCUGCGGACAAAGGCCGGCUCCCUUGGCCUGAAAGCAGAGAUGAGCGCCGCGACCACAGAGUUGCCUUGGACUGGGUCCUUUACCUUUUACCUACCAUUAAUUAUUAUUAUUAUUAUUUACAUCUCUACCCAACCUUUUUCGCCAAGGAACUCAAGGUGGUGGAAUGCUUUGCUUCAAGGAGGAGUUCCAGCAGACGGACACCGUCUCACAAGGUGAGCUCCGACCCGCACAAAUGAUCACCAUCUUGUAUUAGGUGCUAGGAGCUGAGAUAUAUAAACUAAGCACCAAACGGCUCCUUAAACCAAGUUGCCAAAACGGAACUUGCAGUUGUUCUUUUUUUAUGCCAGAUGGCUCUAAAGUCUUAAUUUUCGAAUGAUGGCCUGGCACUGAUUGAUUCAGUUAAACAUUGUGCUGUGGUCUAGACCACUGAGCCUCUUGGGCUUGCCAACCGUAAGGUCAGUGGUUCGAAUCCCCGCGACGGGCUGAGCUCCCAUUGCUCUGUCCCAGAUUCUGCCAGCCUAGCAGUUCGGAAGCACACCAGCGCAAGUAGAUAAACUGCGGCGUUGGGAAGGUAAACGGUGUUUCCAUGCGCUGGUUUCUGUCACGGUGUCCUGUUGCGCCAGAAGCCGUUUAGUCCUGCUGGCCACAUGACCCGGAAAGUUGUCUGCGGACAAAGGCCAGAUCCCUCGGCCUGAAAGCGAGAUGAGCACCGCAACCCCAAAGUUACCUUGGACUGGACUUAACCGUCCAGGGUCCUUGACCUUUUUCCUUUUUCCGUACUUCUUUUUCUUAAUGGUGACACAGACCACUAAUAACGUAGGAAUAUUCUUCACAGCGAAGGCAACAAUGCGCUCUAACGCCAUUCGCCGCUCCUGCUCAGGCUGCCCAGAAAAAGCAUUUUGGUUCCAGAAAUUCAAAAUCUAACUGAUAAAAUUCUACAGGAUCUGGGUGUUAGCGUGUGAAAGCAGUCCAGAUCCGGGAAUCCCCAGAUGACCAUCGCAGGCGGCAAAAUGCCCAUGGUGAAUUUCGAACGCCAAUCAGGGAUAGCUCAGUGGCGGUGGAGUUCGUGAUUUGCCCACACAGAGUCUGGGGGUUCAAUCCCAGGUUUGGGGUUUCCUUUUGCAGGUUGAGGUGGCCGACUCUCCUUCGCUGCUGCCGGGUUUUAGGCAGAGGUUGGAGGGCUCUCUGCCAGGGGCUGGGCUAGAUGACCGCUGGUGCCCCUUCCCCCUCUACAGCUCUGUGAUUCUGUUAUUCUAGGUAUCUGGGCCGGCACAGAUAGCUCCCUGCCUGAGACCCAACAGGACCAUGCGCUGAACUGGUCCGACUUCGGUUCCUGA